AUGGAUGCCCCAGCUUCAAGCCCUCGAUCCCGAAUUUUGGGCCACUCGUCCAUGUUCCGCUUUUUCCGUAGCCUGGUGGGGAGCAAGGACAGCCCAAAGAGCUCAGACAAGCCCCUGCUGGGGGGCCAGUCUUGUCCCUUUCGAGAGCAGAACUCCACCCCUUUGAUGACUGAUCACCAGGGAGGAGCAGGGCGGGAGUCCAGGCCUCCUGCCACGCUGCCCUACACCCUCUCUGUGGCCCUGCCACAGCCCGAUCUCUCGGGGCUGGGGCUGGGGCACACAGGGGCCCAGACCCCCACCCCCGUGGAGGUCCUGAGGGUCCUGGCUCAGGGUGUAGAGGUGAAGCCGGUCCUGCCCAGAGGAAGCCAGGAGGUGCUGGGCAACCUGUCUGAGUUGGAGGAGAGGGAAGAGGAGCAGACGGAGGCAGCAGGGGAUACAGGGACCUCAGACAGGGGCCACUUUGCCCAAGCCUUGGUGGUGGAGCAAGGAUGCUUGCAGAGGGCCAUGGGGCCACUGGAUAUCAGCCCCGAGACCUUCACCAGGGAGGAGGAGAAGGAGCGUCUGCUUGAUGGAGACCUCAGGCUGGCCUCCUCCCAGGUGGGGGCAACUGCCUAGAACAGCCUCCUCAGCUUGUACAAGCAGCUCCAGAAAUCGGCCACGGCCAAGUUCCCUCUCAAGGAAGGUCUGCCCUGUGAGGAGAAAGGCGGGGAAGAGGAAACAGAGGAGGAGGACAGCUCACUCAAGCUCUGUGUCCCAGGCAUUGUCACCCUCCAGUCGCCGCUGCAUAAGACUUUUAGGUCGACAGAUACAGUAGGUUUCGUGGAGUCUGAGUUAAAGAAGCCUCUGGUAGUGCAACGGGAGUCCCGCCUCUGGAAGAUGGGUGGCGGCGAGGGCCGGAAGCUGCUGAGCCAGCCAGAGAUCACCCUGGAGGAGGCAGGCAUUGUAGAUGGCCAGCCAGGGCAGGAAGAGGAGAGCCCAAAGAUGCAAAGCCAUCUCCCUUCACCCACUUCCGCCCCCCAGCACCUGCUCCUUGAGGAGAUGGAUGAGAUGGAAAACUGGCCUCCAGAGUGA